GGGAUUUACAAUAAAAAAAAGUUUGGAGAACACAAGUGCAGGCAGUUAAUGCCGUGGGUGUUAGGAACAUGACAAGAUUAUAUUAUCUCAGCAUGCUGUAAGAUCACUGUAUCCAUAAAACUCUUCAUGAAGGAGCCCCGCCGAGUCUCCAUAAUGGAAGUAGGAUUUGGAAAAAUGACUACUGCAAACUUUGUUUAGUGUAACACAAAGCACCAUGCUUACUGCUAGAGAAGAUUAAAGUUCUCUAAAAACAUUGUUAACGGAGAUCACAGGUUGAAGCAUACUGCACUCUACUCUUGGAGGCUAGCUCAGUCUCAGACUUGGCCCUGAUGGAGAAGGAAGUUCCCUGGAAGAGGGCAGGGGAGCACCUCUCCAAUGCAGUUGCGGGGGGCGGGCGGUGAGGACACCGCUUCAUAAGGGAAGGGGUGGCUGCCUCCCCCAGCAGGGGGUGGCCCCUGAGGUCCCUCCAGCUGGGGGCCCUUGAGAGGGAGGGUGGGGAGAGAAAAGAACGUCAGGAGAGUGAACGGGAACAAAUAAAACGCUGUCCAUUCUGACUGGAAGGGCCAGAGCCGUGUCUAAGGGCGGGGGCCGGGAGGUGGCCCGCGGUGGUGUCUCUACCAGGACGAGGCCUGGGGUAUCUGAAGAGGGGAUGACGUCCAGGCGCUUUGCUAAAGGGAAGCCAGAAGGGUAUGAGUUGCUAGGGUCAGAGAUGGGGCUUUCGGCUCGAGUCUUUCCCUGCAGGGCAGAGAGGACAGUGGGCCUGGUCCUUCCCCGGCCGGCAGAGGGAGUCCCAAGAAGGAACGUCCAGUUCUUCUCUAACGAAAAGCGUUUGCAUGGCUGUCUCGCCAAUUCUGUACCUCCCGGGGCUGAGGAAGAGCCGAGGUGACUAAAAGCUAGCGACAAGUGCCGGCCACCUCGGGCGCCAGGCUUGGAGCCCAACGGGCCGAAUUCUCGCGAGAGCGGCAGCCGCCAUUUUUCCAUUGAUUGCAGCGGGCUGGGGGAGGGGCCGACGACGAAGGCGGCGGUGGUAGCGGCGGCGGCGGCGGCGGAGCCCUGGGUCGGUGUCUGCGCGCUGGUGUCUGAGGCCCGGGCUGAGGCCUCCGCGAUUGCUGGAGCGCAGGCGGCGGAGAGGAUGACUGCCGCUGCCAUUCUCUCUUGAGCUAGCGAGCCGCCGCCACCCUCCACCCUCCCCAGGCAGGGCGGAGAGGAGCGGCCGGAGUCAGCGAUGGUGCCCGGCGAGGAGAACCAACUGGUCCCGAAAGAGGAUGUGUUUUGGAGAUGCAGACAAAAUAUCUUUGAUGAAAUGAAGAAGAAAUUUUUACAGAUAGAAAAUGCUGCUGAAGAACCUAGAGUCUUAUGUAUUAUACAAGAUACUACUAAUUCAAAGACAGUGAAUGAACGGAUCACUUUAAAUUUACCAGCAUCUACUCCAGUCAGAAAGCUCUUUGAAGAUGUGGCCAACAAAGUAGGCUACAUAAAUGGAACCUUUGAUUUGGUGUGGGGAAAUGGAGUCAAUACUGCUGAUAUGGCACCACUGGAUCAUACCAGUGACAAGUCACUUCUUGAUGCUAAUUUUGAGCCAGGAAAGAAGAACUUUCUGCAUUUGACAGAUAAAGAUGGUGAACAACCUCAAAUACUGCUGGAGGAUUCCAGUGCUGGGGAAGACAGUGUUCAUGACAGGUUUAUAGGUCCACUUCCAAGAGAAGGUUCUGUGGGUUCUACCAGUGAUUAUGUCAGCCAAAGCUACUCCUACUCAUCUAUUUUGAAUAAAUCAGAAACUGGAUAUGUGGGACUAGUAAACCAAGCAAUGACGUGCUAUUUGAAUAGCCUUUUGCAAACACUUUUUAUGACUCCUGAAUUUAGGAAUGCAUUAUAUAAGUGGGAAUUUGAAGAAUCUGAAGAAGAUCCAGUGACAAGUAUUCCAUACCAACUUCAAAGGCUUUUUGUUUUGUUACAAACCAGCAAAAAGAGAGCAAUUGAAACCACAGAUGUUACAAGGAGCUUUGGAUGGGAUAGUAGUGAGGCUUGGCAGCAGCAUGAUGUACAAGAACUAUGCAGAGUCAUGUUUGAUGCUUUGGAACAGAAAUGGAAGCAAACAGAACAGGCUGAUCUUAUAAAUGAGCUAUAUCAAGGCAAGCUGAAGGACUACGUGAGAUGUCUGGAAUGUGGUUAUGAGGGUUGGCGAAUCGACACAUAUCUUGAUAUUCCGUUGGUCAUCCGACCUUAUGGGUCCAGCCAAGCAUUUGCUAGUGUGGAAGAAGCAUUGCAUGCAUUUAUUCAGCCAGAGAUUCUGGAUGGCCCAAAUCAGUAUUUUUGUGAACGUUGUAAGAAGAAGUGUGAUGCACGGAAGGGCCUUCGGUUUUUGCAUUUUCCUUAUCUGCUGACCUUACAGCUGAAAAGAUUCGAUUUUGAUUAUACAACCAUGCAUAGGAUUAAACUGAAUGAUCGAAUGACAUUUCCCGAGGAACUAGAUAUGAGUACAUUUAUUGAUGUUGAAGAUGAGAAAUCUCCUCAGACUGAAAGUUGCACUGACAGUGGAGCAGAAAAUGAAGGUAGUUGUCACAGUGAUCAGAUGAGCAACGAUUUCUCCAAUGAUGAUGGUGUUGAUGAAGGAAUCUGCCUUGAAACCAAUAGUGGAACUGAAAAGAUCUCAAAAUCUGGACUUGAAAAGAAUUCCUUGAUCUAUGAACUUUUCUCUGUUAUGGUUCAUUCUGGGAGCGCUGCUGGUGGUCAUUAUUAUGCAUGUAUAAAGUCAUUCAGUGAUGAGCAGUGGUACAGCUUCAAUGAUCAACAUGUCAGCAGGAUAACACAAGAGGACAUUAAGAAAACACAUGGUGGAUCUUCAGGAAGCAGAGGAUAUUAUUCCAGUGCUUUCGCAAGUUCCACAAAUGCAUAUAUGCUGAUCUAUAGACUGAAGGAUCCAGCCAGAAAUGCAAAAUUUCUAGAAGUGGAUGAAUACCCAGAACAUAUUAAAAACUUGGUGCAGAAAGAGAGAGAGUUGGAAGAACAAGAAAAGAGACAACGAGAAAUUGAGCGCAAUACAUGCAAGAUAAAAUUAUUCUGUUUGCAUCCUACAAAACAAGUAAUGAUGGAAAAUAAAUUGGAGGUUCAUAAGGAUAAGACAUUAAAGGAAGCAGUAGAAAUGGCUUAUAAGAUGAUGGAUUUAGAAGAGGUAAUACCCCUGGAUUGCUGUCGCCUUGUUAAAUAUGAUGAGUUUCAUGAUUAUCUAGAACGGUCAUAUGAAGGAGAAGAAGAUACACCAAUGGGGCUUCUACUAGGUGGCGUCAAGUCAACAUAUAUGUUUGAUCUGCUGUUGGAGACGAAAAAGCCUGAUCAGGUUUUCCAAUCUUAUAAACCUGGAGAAGUGAUGGUGAAAGUUCAUGUUGUUGAUCUAAAGGCAGAAUCUGUAGCUGCUCCUAUAACUGUUCGUGCUUACUUAAAUCAGACAGUUACAGAGUUCAAACAACUGAUUUCAAAGGCCAUCCAUUUACCUGCUGAAACAAUGAGAAUAGUGCUGGAACGCUGCUAUAAUGAUUUACGUCUUCUCAAUGUCUCCAGUAAAACCCUGAAAGCUGAAGGAUUUUUUAGAAGUAACAAGGUGUUUGUUGAAAGCUCCGAGACUUUGGAUUACCAGAUGGCCUUUGCAGACUCUCAUUUAUGGAAACUCCUGGAUCGGCAUGCAAAUACAAUCAGAUUAUUUGUUUUGCUACCUGAACAAUCCCCAGGAUCUUAUUCCAAAAGGACAGCAUACCAGAAAGCUGGAGGCGAUUCUGGUAAUGUGGAUGAUGAUUGUGAAAGAGUCAAAGGACCUGUAGGAAGCCUAAAGUCUGUGGAAGCUAUUCUAGAAGAAAGCACUGAAAAACUCAAAAGCUUGUCACUGCAGCAACAGCAGGAUGGAGAUAAUGGGGACAGCAGCAAAAGUACUGAGACAAGUGACUUUGAAAACAUCGAAUCACCUCUCAAUGAGAGGGACUCUUCAGCAUCAGUGGAUAAUAGAGAACUUGAACAGCAUAUUCAGACUUCUGAUCCAGAAAAUUUUCAGUCUGAAGAACGAUCAGACUCAGAUGUGAAUAAUGACAGGAGUACAAGUUCAGUGGACAGUGAUAUUCUUAGCUCCAGUCAUAGCAGUGAUACUUUGUGCAAUGCAGACAAUGCUCAGAUCCCUUUGGCUAAUGGACUUGACUCUCACAGUAUCACAAGUAGUAGAAGAACGAAAGCAAAUGAAGGGAAAAAAGAAACAUGGGAUACAGCAGAAGAAGAUUCUGGAACUGAUAGUGAAUAUGAUGAGAGUGGCAAGAGUAGGGGAGAAAUGCAGUACAUGUAUUUCAAAGCUGAACCCUAUGCUGCAGAUGAAGGUUCUGGGGAAGGACAUAAAUGGUUGAUGGUGCAUGUUGAUAAAAGAAUUACUCUGGCAGCUUUCAAACAACAUUUAGAGCCCUUUGUUGGAGUUUUGUCCUCUCACUUCAAGGUCUUUCGAGUGUAUGCCAGCAAUCAAGAGUUUGAGAGCGUCCGGCUGAAUGAGACACUUUCAUCAUUUUCUGAUGACAAUAAGAUUACAAUUAGACUGGGGAGAGCACUUAAAAAAGGAGAAUACAGAGUUAAAGUAUACCAGCUUUUGGUCAAUGAACAAGAGCCAUGCAAGUUUCUGCUAGAUGCUGUGUUUGCUAAAGGAAUGACUGUACGGCAAUCAAAAGAGGAAUUAAUUCCUCAGCUCAGGGAGCAAUGUGGUUUAGAGCUCAGUAUUGACAGGUUUCGUCUAAGGAAAAAAACAUGGAAGAAUCCUGGCACUGUGUUUUUGGAUUAUCAUAUUUAUGAAGAAGAUAUUAAUAUUUCCAGCAACUGGGAGGUUUUCCUUGAAGUUCUUGAUGGGGUAGAGAAGAUGAAGUCCAUGUCACAGCUUGCAGUUUUGUCAAGACGGUGGAAGCCGUCAGAGAUGAAGUUGGAUCCCUUCCAGGAGGUUGUAUUGGAAAGCAGUAGUGUUGACGAAUUGCGAGAGAAGCUUAGUGAAAUCAGUGGGAUUCCUUUGGAUGAUAUUGAAUUUGCUAAGGGUAGAGGAACAUUUCCCUGUGAUAUUUCUGUCCUUGAUAUUCAUCACGAUUUAGACUGGAAUCCCAAAGUUUCUACCCUGAAUGUCUGGCCUCUUUAUAUCUGUGAUGAUGGUGCGGUCAUAUUUUAUAGGGAUAAAACAGAAGAAUUAAUGGAAUUGACAGAUGAACAAAGAAAUGAACUGAUGAAAAAAGAAAGCAGUCGACUCCAGAAGACUGGACAUCGUGUAACAUACUCACCUCGUAAAGAGAAAGCACUAAAAAUAUAUCUGGAUGGAGCACCAAAUAAAGAUCUGACUCAAGACUGACUCUGAUAGUGUAGCAUUUUCCCUGGGGGAGUUUUGGUUUUAAUUAGAUGGUUCACUACCACUGGGUAGUGCCAUUUUGGCCGGACAUGGUUGGGGUAACCCAGUGACACCAGCACUGAUUGGACUGCCCUACACCAAUCAGAAGCUCAGUGCCCAAUGGGCCACUGUUUUGACUCGGAAUCAUGUUGUGCACUAUAGUCAAAUGUACUGUAAAGUGAAAAGGGAUGUGCAAAAAAAUAAAAAAAAAAACAAAAAAAGCAAACCUUCUAUUAGAAAAGGGGACAGGGGAAUGAGUAAACUUCUUUUAUUGCGGACAAAUGUGCACAUAGCCACUAGUAAAACUAGCCUCAAACAGGAUGCUCAUAGCUUAAUAAUAAAAGCUGUGCAAAGGCCAUGAAUGAAUGAAUUUUCUGUUUAUUUCACUGAUACACACAUUACCUCAUUGACAAUUCAGAAGUAAAUCCAACAUGUGUUGACUCUUGGAAAGCAGCAAAAACAGGAGCUGAAGAAAAGAAAUUCUUAGAACCAGCCGUAACCCAGUAAGGAAUUGUGAAGUUGUGUUUUUAUUUUGUUUUCAUUUUUUGCAGAGUAUUAAGAACAUUAUUCUGGAACAUCAAAACGUUUCCCUUAGACUGAUCCCAGCAGGUGGCAGCUCAGAUUGCUGCAGUGUUGUAAUUAUAACUGAUUGUACUUAAGUUAUGGAUGUAGAGAAUAUGUUUCAUUCAUUUAUUCAGCAUGUAAAUAAAAUUGAUCCUGUUGAGUUAUCAUAAUUGCA